UAUCGCAAUUAAAAUCGGGACCUUUUUAUCUAAAAUGAGAUAAAAUGAUAAGAAAUAAAUACGUGAGGACAGUGCCGAUAUCAAUAUGACCAAUUCGAAAUUCGUCGCAAUGUCGUGCAGUGCUUCAGUUCUGUGUAAUUAAUGACUUUCGUAAACAUGGAAGAAGAGACUCUGUUUAUAAUCUUGCGCAAUGUAGAAAAAAAGACUAAUUAAUAUUCUUAGAUUACAUAGCCAGAUUUGAAAUAAAAUGGGUACAUGCUUCUGCAAAGACAGAAUCGAAGAACGAGAGCCCUAUUUGGCUCCGAGGAGCAGGAGGGCUACCGUUUGCGAGAGAAAUAGCAAGAAUAUUUUAGCUGAGCAAGUUAAUAAAUUGGUGUUAGAUACAUUAGCUAUGAUUGGGUCUAUUGUUGAUAAUGAACAAGAUCCUCCGAUGGCAAUGGUUUGUUUACAUUCUAUAGCAGACAAAGAAGCUGGUUGGAUACAGGUUGUGGAAUCUAUGGUAGAUGUGAUACCAAUGGAUCACCCAUUGGGACCUUCUGUAAUUACCCUGCUGCUAGACGAUUGUCCAUUACCUAGUAAAGACUCUGUUAUCAAGGUAUCAAAAUUGUUUGACCUUUCUAUGAGCGGUGGAGAAGACAGUGCAAGGCAUAGAAACAUAUGUGUUAUAUUAGGAUGUAUGGCCGAAAAAUUAGCAGGUCCUAGCAGUGUUGCUAUCUUAUCCAAAGAUACUUUACACUAUCUUAUUAAUAAUCUAAUUAGCAGUCCAGAUCUUCAUGUUAUUUUAUUCUCACUCAUAGCAUUAGAAAAAUUUGCACAAACCAGUGAAAACAAAGCAACAAUUAAAAAAAAACUAUCUUCACACCCUGUAAAUCCAUUAUACAAAUUUGAAGCCCUGUGUUCUAGUGAAUCCUGUUUAGAAAGACAAGUUGGAUUUUGUGCAAGGUGGUGCUUGGAUAAUUUGUUUGUUUCCAAUGAACGAAAAUACUCAUAUGAAACCGUAGAUUUAACUGGAAUAGAAGUAAUGCUGAAUACUCGUGAUGUUAGUGAAUAUUUAAAAAUUUCACCUGAUGGAUUGGAAGCAAGAUGUGAUUCUUACUCUUUUGAAAGUGUUCGUUGUACAUUCCAGGUUGAUAAUGGUGUUUGGUACUAUGAAACAUUGAUUAUUACCUCAGGCAUUAUGCAAAUAGGCUGGGCAACCAAAGACAGCACUUUUUUGAAUCAUGAAGGAUAUGGAAUAGGAGAUGAUGAAUUUUCUUUGGCAUACGAUGGAUGCCGCAGACUAGUCUGGCAUGGUGCACGAUCACAUGCAGUACCUGAUAAACCUUGUAUUAACGAUUCUACAAAUAAUACAGAACGUUCUAUGUCUCAAUGGGAAUCAGGAAGUAUAUUAGGUUGUCUUCUAGAUUUGAAUAAAAUGGAGAUCUCAUUUAGUCUUGAUGGAGUUGAAGUUGUUGUUUGCACACAACUGUUUGAACAUGCAAAGAGUGGAUUUUUUGCCGCUGCUUCCUUUAUGUCUUUCCAACAAUGCAAAUUUAAUUUUGGGUCUGAACCAUUUAAAUAUCCUCCGACUGACAGAGCAUUUAAAAGCUUUAAUUCUAUUGCCAAACUUAAUCCAGAAGAAAAAAUUGUGUUACCAAGGCAUUUAUACUUAGAACAGUUAAGAAAAUUAAGCAUCCAUGAAGAUUCAUGUACAUUAUGUUUUGAUAAAAGGGCAACUGUUACGUUACACCCAUGCCAGCACAGAGGUUUCUGUGUGGACUGUUCAAAACUUCUGUUACACUGUCCUAUGUGUCGUAGUAUGAUUUAUAAAAGCGAACAAGAAGAAAUUUCUUCAUGACCUGAAGAAAAAACUUUUUUAAUUAAAAAUAUUAUUUACAAAACAAAAUGACACGCAGUUGCU